UCUGUGCUUGUUCCAAGCUGCAGCCUGAGAGCGUCACAAGUGGGUUACCAUGGAAUUUGUUGAGCUGCUGUUUGUCUCUGUUGGGGUGUCUGUCGUCCUGUUUUAUGGGUUUAAGCUGCUUCGCCUGGUGAAGAUGGUUUUCCCAAAGACCUGGUACCCACUGCCAAAGUCCUUCUUCAGCUCCAUGGGCCAGUGGGCAGUAAUCACUGGGGCAUCAGACGGGAUUGGGAAAGCAUAUGCGUUGGAGCUUGCAAAGCAUGGGAUGAAUUUGGUCAUCAUAAGCCGAACUCAGAGGAAGCUUGAGAAAGCUGCAAGGGAAAUAGGAGCAAGAACUGGGAAACAAGUGAAAGUGAUUACAGCCGACUUUACCAAAGAUGACAUAUAUGAACAUAUAGAGGAGAAUCUGAGAGGUUUAGAGGUUGGUGUGUUAGUGAACAAUGUGGGGAUGCUGUUGUGCAGACAGCCUCGUCGGUUCCUGGACAUCGAGCACCUGGAUCAGAAAAUUCCAGAUCUGAUCAACUGUAAUGUGAAGGCAUUAAUGAAGAUGUGCAGGAUAAUCUUACCUGCUAUGGUGAAAAGGAAGAAGGGGCUGAUCCUGAAUGUGUCAUCGGGCGUGGCUUGUUCUCCCUGGCCCAUGUACUCCCUAUACACAGCUUCCAAGGUGUUUGUUCAGAGAUUUUCUCGGUGCCUCCAAGCUGAGUAUAAAGCAAACGGGAUCAUAAUCCAGGCAGUGACCCCCUUUGGAAUAUCCACGUCAAUGACAGGUUAUCAGGACCCCAACAUCAUCACAUUUACAGCAGAAGACUUUGUAAGAACAUCCCUGCAGUACGUGACAGCAGGAGACCAAACAUAUGGCAGCGUCUCCCAUCAACUCCUGGGGUCAACCAUUCAGAACAUUCCAAAAAGUAUCUUGCAUAGUGAUGUCCUGCUGAAUAGCAUGGUGGAAUAUGUGAACAAAAAAAUUUCUAUUCAGGAACAAAGAAUGAAUGCUCCAAAACAUCAGAACUUGCAAAAUGAGACUUAACUUUGGUGUCACUUUUGCCCAGAAAUGCCACUGUAACACACAUAAAGGCAUAUUUAAUGUAUUUUAUGUUAAAAGUAGUCUGAUUUCAGUUUUCAUCUUUACUCUGAUAUUUGUUUGAUUUAAGCGACUUGUUUGUAAUCACUUCUGCUAAAUAAAGUGUAUGUAUGUACUGUAUAUAUGUAUGUAUGUACAGACACACACACACACACACACACACAUGAUUUCAGAUAGUCAGCUGUUAGUAAUUUGAUUUAUUUUAAAUUGUUCUCUCUAUGUCACAAUGUUUCCUUCGAUGCAGCUAUAAAUGGUAUUCAUGUCACACACAAUAACACCUGUGUAGGAAGCCAUUGGAUACCACCAGUGUUGUUUCACUUACACAGAUCAAUGUCAAGGUUUAUACAUCAGGAUUUUAUACCUAACUUUUACAUUCAUCCAUCCAUCCAUCCAUCCAUGUCUCCUCUGAUGUACUGAUCUAACUGUGUAUCUUUCUGCAUCUACCCGCAUGAAUUCAGGACAAAACCAGAACACACAGAGAAUAGCAGGGAGAAUGUGCAAACUCCACACACACACACAGACACACACACAGAUACACACAGACACAAACACAUACACACAUACAUACAUACAAACAGACACACACACUUCCCUGUUGUACAUCACAUAUCAGGCUGCCGGUAAAACGAAAGGGUUGCAACACACAGUAGAAUUCCACCACCGCCGAACAGUAGAUGUUAGAUUUCCUGGACAUUCCAAGAACUUGGUUGGUGCCUGGCUUAAUAUGUCAAGGACAUUAUCUUUUUUUUAUUUAAGGUGUCAAACUAUCUGCAUUUGUACAUUUUCCAAAUAAAACAAACAAACAAA